CUCUUAUGAUACAUGCUGAUUCAGCUCUUGAAGUAAGUUCUUUCUUAAUGGAGUCUUUGAUCAAUUCAGUUUGCAAAGAAUGAAACUAUAUUAUUUGGAGUAUUUUUAACUGAAGACGGUGCAAAGAGAAAAUAAAUAAGAUAUGGAUUACAGCAAUGUUACUCAGACAGCAGGAGAAGGAAACGGCACAAAUUUCCACAGUGUCUUCACACGUCAGGUUCUGCCUAUCUUCUACUUGAUCAUCUGCGUUUUUGCCAUCUUUCUCAAUGGACUUGCCGCUUGGAUCUUCUUCAGGGUUCAGAGCUCCUCAGUACUGGUGGUUUAUCUAAAGCACAUGGUGGUGGCAGAUGUUCUGAUGCUCUUCACCUACCCCUGGCGCAUAGCAAGCGACUGGGGUUAUGGCGGCGUGCAGCUGAAGGCCAUUGUUUGCCGCUACACCGCUGUAGUUUUCUACCUUAGCAUGUACACUGGAAUCGCAUUUAUGAGCCUCAUCAGCUUGGAACGUUAUUUCAAAAUAGUCCGUAGCACCUCAAGCGUAUCGUCCUUUCUACAGCGUGUCACCAUGGGAAGGGCUCUGUCGCUCUUAGCAUGGAUUUUUAUGAUCAUCUGCAUGUUGCCAAACUCCAUAUUAACCAACCAGCCCAUUCCCAAGCAAUAUUCCUGCAUGAGGCUAAAAAGUCCACUGGGUUUGCACUGGCAUACUUUUUCAGCCCACUUCACUGUGGGAGUCUUCUGGGUAGCUUUUCUCUUGAUGAUAUAUUGCUACACUUCCAUAGCUUUCCAUGUGUACCGCUCGUAUAGAAGAGUGCAACAGGACAGCAGCGAGGCAGGACGGCGGUCAAAUCGAAGCAUAUUUAGCUUGCUGGCUGUGUUUGUGUUAUGCUUCGUACCCUACCACAUUUGUCGUGUGCCUUACACUUUUAGCCAAAGGCCCAUGUCAGGUUAUAGCUUUCACGAAGGCUUCAUUCUCUUUCAGAUGAAAGAAGCCACACUCUUCCUGUCCGCUCUUAACGUUUGCCUUGAUCCCAUUAUCUAUUUCUUCAUGUGCAGAACAUUCAGAGAAUCACUUUUGCGAAAGAUAUAUGCAAACAGUGAAAACAGAAGACCUUCCAUAGGUAUUGGGCUGAGCAUCAGUAAUCUUUGAUAAUCAUCUGUAACCUUUUGGUGAAAUGAGUAACUAAGCAAAAGGAAAUGAGGGUUGGCCUUACAAAAAUAUCAACCACGCUUAUGGUUUGCCUCGCAUGCAACAUUUAAUAGCAAUACAGUAGGUGAAUUAGAAAUAGUGAUAAGACCAGACCAAAAUAGUACUAGCAAAAUUCAACACAAGCUAAUCUAACAUCUGUGUUGCUUGUAUGCAGUGGCUCCAAAUAUUUGUAUUUGGUGAUUGUUGGAACCCUUUUGUUUUUUUCAUUUAACAAAAUAUUAAAUUAAGUAGCAUCUGUAAACAAAUAGCGCUAGACCUUUCUUAUAACUUCACUUUGAGAAUGACUUAACCAACUGGUUUCAAGGUCAUUUCUUGAGGAUUUGUGAAGUGACCAAAGUUCACACACCUUUUGUUCCCAUAUUUUGUGAAGUCUAAUUUUACUUUAGUUUGGAUUUUACUUACUGUUUUAGUUUUGUUUUUUCAGUACAAAUAUCAAAAAUAUUCUUAAAUCAAGAUGCAUUUUCUUGAUAAGCACCCAAGAAAAUAAGUCUAGUUUUUAGACAAAAAAUAUACAAUUUAGGUGAAUUUGUGAAACACUUAAUUCAAGAAAAAAAAUUUCACGCCAUUGGCAGAUUUUUUUGUUGCUAUUUUAAGCACAAUUUCACUAUAAAUGAUUUCCUUAGGAAACUUAUUUUCUUAGAUAAUUUUGCUCAUCAAGAAAACACAUCUUGAUUGAAGAAUUUUACUUGUACUUAAAACAAGACAAAAAUACAAAGUAAGUCAUUUUUUGCACCAUAAGUUGUGCUCUAGUCCUGCUAUAGCAUCACUUAUGGUUCUACAUAGGUGCUAUAUAUUAUUUAAAAUGGUUCCUCUAUGAUUACAAGCCACUUUUAGGCACUUUUGUGUGUAUCUAAAGAAAUCACAAAAUGUUAUUUUAAUUGCAGACUUAGAUUAGCUGUAAGACUGAUUGGGUAAAUGCCAGUCCAAGGGGCUUUGAGCUUAAAAAAAACCCUUCUGAUAUGAUAUAAGAAAGAUAUAACUAUUACCAUAAGGCUUUACAUUUCACAGUACAACAGUUUGAGAAAAAUGAGGGACAAACUGUAGAUAACUGUAAAAAGUUUAAACUGUUUUAAAAGUUUAGGAUCACUUAAUUAUUUAUGACAAACUUGAAAUUAUAAAAUAACACACAUGAAAUUAUGAGAAUUAUGUUAUUACUAAAACCUGUUGUACUUUAUGAUCUCAAGAGUAGUAGUCAUAUUUUGCCUAAAACAGGCAGAAAUGUAGCCUACUCUUGACAUUUUUUUCCAACAGCAUCUAAAGAUGCUUUGUAAACAGUAUUGAAAUAAACUUGCAUUCAAGUAAACAGAGUAUCAGCUGUGUUGAUACUGAUGGCAGGGUUACUGUUGUUUUGUUUGUUUAUAUGGUUACUGUUUAGACCGUAACUCACAUCUCACAAAAACCGCAUCUCCAAAAACUCCAUGUGCUUCCUGCCAAGAUUUAAUCAUGACCCAACAUAACAGAGGCUAUAAACUAUAGGAGUAUCGCUCUCUUAAUAAAACAAUAUUACUUAUAUUAACAAUAAAAACAUCAGGAACAUCCUUAUUGUGGCUUAAUCUUGAAAUUAACUUUGUUAGCACAUGCAAUUUACUGUAACAUAUAAACAUCAUUUGUUUAUUUAUACUAAUAAUUGGACUCAAACAAAUGUGGGGUUGUUUCAACCCAUGGCUAUGUAAAAUAUGGAUAAACACAAUAAUUUUGUUUAAAUAAGCCUAUUUUGGUCUGUUUCAUCCCAUGACUGGGUGAAAUAUGGACAUUUUCUGGGUUCAUUUAAAUUAGUGGUUAGGUUUGUCAAUAUUUGACCCAACCAUGCAUAUUGAGAGCUUUUUGAUAAUGUUCAAUUUUAUUUUUGUAUUGUUUGUUUUCUAGUUUAUAGCUUACAGUAUAAAUGUACAAUGGAUAGAAAAAAAUACAUCAUCUUUCAAUCAUUUUGCAACGUAACGAUUUAUAACAUAACGGCAAAAUUUCAGAUCAAGUUUUAUGUAAUUAUAUUGUGAACACUCUCAGAAUAAAGGGUACAAGAAGGUACAAAAUAUACUUUUGUACCUAAAAGGUGCAUAUUGGUACCUCAUAGGCAUUGGUCCCUUAGGGUGUACUCACAUUAUGUGAACUGUACCAUACCUGAGUACAUCUGACCCCAAAGAGCGGUUAGUUUGGCUAGUGUGACCGCUUUGUACUGGGUGCGGUACGCUUAACUCUUUCCCCGCCAUUGACGAGUUAACCAGGUGGUGCUCUUACCCAACUUAUUAAACCUGGAAGUAUCCCCUUAGAGUAAACAGUUUAAACUUUGUGUAAGUUUUGAUCAGGGCACUUAAUCUGAUUUCUAACAAAAGUCCUUCACAAAAAUUGAAUUAUCUCUGAAGAAACCUACCCAUAUUUAAGAUGAUAUAAAAAAGAGCAAAUGAGGAUGAGGAUAAAAGGUUUUUUUUUUUUAAAGAGGCUCUGUUCUUUCAUAUGAUAUGUUUUUAUAAAUUUAAAGAAGAACAUUUUCUGGAAGCCAUUAAACUUUUGUGAAAAUCAUUAAAAUGCUGGCAACUUUUAUUAACGCUGGCAGGGAAAGAGUAAAGCGUACCUUUGUACGUUUUGCGCAGGUGGUCUCAGGUACACUUUGCUUUGAUUCUGGGGCGGGACGUGGAACUGAAUGCAAAACUUCAGCUGUCACUGUAAACUUGGGUAUGGAUCAUAAACAGAGGUGUAUAAUACUUAAGUAUUUUGGUUACAUUUUCCAAGCAUCUGUGCUUUAUCAGAGUGUUUGUCUUGGGAAAAAAAUUAUUUUCUUUACUAAAAAAUUUUCACUAUAUUCUAAAGCAUAGAAUCAUACUGUGAUUCAUUAUAUAUUGCAUAUUAAAAUUGAUUUAAUGCCUAAUUAAAUUAACUAAAAAAUGUGUACUUACUUUCUUGAGUAAAAGUACGCAGAUAAUUUUUACUUAAGUAAAAGUACAAAAAAUGACUAGAUGUUUAAUGUACUUAAAUAUUAAAUAUAAACCAAAAUAAUGUGUUUUGGAAUGUAUGCUUUCCAAAGAAAAACACUAAUACAAUAUGAAUACUUGAAAAUUUACUUUUAUGUAGAAAGUAAAAAUACUUUAGUACUAUACAACUUUGAUCAUAAAGUGUAGUGUGGGUGCAGACGAGCAGGGAAGUGGGGAGGAUAAAUAGUACAUAUUUGGACCUUUUUAAAGGUACCGUCCGAGUGACAACUUUUGUAUCUUUCUUUUUGAGAGUGUAUACUGGUUUCUUUAAUUUGUCAAUAAUUUGUUAUGUAGUUGCACUUUCCACUGAAAAUAAACUUUUUGU